GCACGAUCGACGCGCACCCAGCCACCCACCCGCGCCCCAAAUCACGAGGAGGCGAAGCCGCCCAUCUCAUCGCCGGAGCUCGCGAAUUCGCCGCCGCGAUUCCGACCACCGCCGCGCCGGCGCCCGCGCCCGCUACGGUACUCCGCCGCCGUGCUGAGAUCGCCGGGGGAGCCAUGUCGCGGUCCCUGAGCAUGAGGUCGUCGAUGAGCAUGAGGUCGCGCCGCGACCUGCCUCCUCCCCAGCAGACAAUCGAAAAGCUUGAGAAUAUGGUGGCUGAAGGAAAUUAUUAUGAAGCCCAACAAAUGUACAAGUCAACCGGUGCAAGGUAUAUUGCUGCUCAGAAGUAUUUGGAAGCCUUGGACAUCCUUCAGUCAGGAGCUUUAGUUCAACUGAAGCAUGGGCAGGUAACUUGUGGUGGUGAACUUGCUAUAAUGUUUGUGGACACCCUUGUCAAGGCAGCGCUUCCUUAUAAUGAAGAAACCUUUGAUCGUAUCAGAAAGAUGUACGACGCCUUCCCCAGGAUAUCUGUUCCACACUUCCUUGGAGAUGAUUAUGAUGACGACGGGCAGAAAUUAUCCGAAGCUAUUUCUGCAGCAAAAGUGCGUUCUGAGAGUUGUUCAUCAUUCCUGAGAGCUGCUAUCAGGUGGUCUGCUGAGGUUGGGGCAUCAAGAAGUGGAUCUCCUGAGCUGCAUGUUAUGUUGGCGGAAUACAUAUAUUCUGAAUCUCCAGAAACGGACAUGACUAAAGUGUCAAGUCAUUUUGUGAGGGGAAAUGAUCCUAAAAAGUUUGCCUCUAUGCUGGCGAACUUUAUGGGAAAGUGCUACCCUGGUGAAGAUGAUACUGCAAUAGCACGUGGUGUCCUAAUGUAUCUAUCACAAGGGAAUCUUAGGGAUGCAAAUUUGCUCAUGGACGAGCUGAAGGAUCAACUAAAAUCUGCUGACUUGGAAAUCCCCAAAACAGAUUUAAUUCAGUUCAUCAAGUAUCUCUUACCGACGCUCGAAAGAGAUGCUUACCCUCUUUUCAGGACACUGCGGCAGAAGUACAAGACAAGUACAGAUCACGACCCUGUAUUUGAGGAGUUAUUAGAUGAAAUAGCCGCAAAAUUUUAUGGAAUACGGAGCCAGAGCGCUUUGGAAGGACUUUUUGGUGAUAUGUUCAGGGUAUAAUGAUGAGAAAAGGAUUUCGUCAUAAAUAUUCCAGCACAAAGCUCCCGACGCGCAUUUCGUUCGCUAAUACAAAUUGCUGCUGGAAGAUGAACACCCGGCCCGGCCCGAAAAGAGCAUAAGAAAAAGUUCUGUUGCUGCCUUCCUCAGCCUUGAUUAUCCUGAGGCCAUACAUUUAGCUCCAAACUGCAUAUGAUGAUAUAUGCUCCAGUUACCACUGAUCUCUUGUAAAACCAUUCAACUGUUUUGCUCGUAUCAUGGUCGUGUUCUAAUGAUAUUACUAUUCUUUAACAUUUUUUGUAGUUCCAGUUUUGCAGUUUUAAAACGGCAUUUAUCCU